GAGUCAAACAGUGAAUAGAGAUCAGUAAAUAGGUAUAGUAGAUUUUGUGUAAUGAAUACUGCAAUAGACAAAGAAGACAAGGAGAAUAUUUUAAUAAGUAAAAGCAACCCUUUGUAUCAGUUAGAUAAAAACAGUUUUAAUAUGCCUAGUCAUUUUAACCUAGAAUGCAUUGAAGAGAAAAGAAAAGAGAAUAAAUCUGGAAGAUGGUGUCUUUCUUGGGUCAUCAUUUACCUUGUCCUGUUAACCGCAGGCAAUGGACUUGUGGCGUACAAAGUUUACCUCCUGCACAAUGAACUAAAAGAGGUUCAAGAGAAGGGACAUUUGGCCCCAUUUGAAAAGCAGUUCACUGACAAGAGCUUCCAGCUGAAUAAAACAGAUCACUAUGGUUUUACUCCUGAGAAUAUGUCCAUCUUAUCAAGCAUCAAGAAUGCAACGGAUAUUGUCACACUGGAAAGGGCCAGCAUGCAGGAGAGUGUGCAUCACCUUCAGCAAAAGAUAAGCAGUAUGAAUUCAUCACUGUGCAGCUUAGAUGAAAAGGCUGCCAAGAUAACCCAACUGAAACAAGACUUGGAAAUCCUCAAUAUAAGUAACAGUAAUCUAGUGAUAAGAAUGGAGAACCUCACUCGAACACCAGGACCACCAGGACCUAAAGGAAGCAAAGGAGACCCUGGCCUGCCUGGUAUCACUGGUCCAAAGGGUGAUACAGGUGUAAAAGGAGAGACUGGCCUCCCAGGGUUGAAUGGUAUUAAGGGAGAAACUGGAAACCAAGGUCUUCAAGGUCAAAAGGGUGUCAAAGGCAAUAUGGGAGAGACUGGACCAACAGGACAAACUGGAGUUCCUGGAACAAAGGGAGACAAAGGAGAGCAAGGGCCCAACGGUUUAAGAGGAGAGACUGGUUCACCUGGAGAGAAAGGGAACAAUGGUACUCCUGGUGUAAACGGGAAGGAUGGUCUUAAGGGAGCACAAGGAGAGAAGGGAGAGAAAGGAAUUAAAGGAGAUACAGGACCAAGUGGAAUUCCAGGGAUCUCAGGAAUAAAAGGAGCCACAGGGCAGAAAGGAGAGAGAGGGGAAAAAGGUACCCCUGGUACAAAAGGAGAGACUGGUCUUCAGGGAGGCUCAGGAGUUAGAGGAGAGAAGGGAACUAAGGGAGAUCCAGGAAUUAAUGGAAUAGCAGGAAGCCCAGGAUUGCAAGGGCCUCCAGGCCCACAAGGAACUAAAGGAGAAAGAGGAAUACAAGGACCGAAUGGAUAUACAGGUGUGAAAGGAGACAAAGGGAACCAAGGUGUUCGAGGUCUUACAGGAGAAAAGGGUGAACCAGGCAUUGGGCUAAGGGGGCCUCAAGGCCCAAAGGGAGAGACAGGAAGUCAAGGAAUUGCUGGACCACCAGGAGCCAAGGGAGAAAACGGAAACUCAGGUCAAUAUCACUACGCAAGAAUUGUUGGUACUCCUAACCGAGGACGAGCAGAAUUGUUUUACGAUGGAGAAUGGGGAACAAUAUGUGAUGAUGGUUGGAACAUUAAUGCUGCAACAGUUUUUUGCCGCAUGUUGGGGUACCAGCAAGCAACUGCAUUCUAUACUGCUGGUCAAGGGACAGGACCGAUCCUGUUGGAUGAUGUGACUUGUGUUGGAACUGAGUCAUCACUUUCUGCUUGUAAAUCAUUAGGCUGGAAAAAGCACAACUGUGGUCAUUCUGAAGAUGCUGGGGUUCAGUGUGCUUGAUAAAUUGUAGCGUAGUUACCCAAACUUACCCAAUGCAAAUCCAUUCAGAACAUUUUUGCAUUUACAAUCUCAGUGUAGACAUGCUUUUAACAUGUUUCCUUGCUUUUGAACAUGUACCAAUCAGCUUAAAACACAUUCUGUGAAAUGUAAUUGCCAAUGACCCUAUAGAUAAUGUAACAUCUGCUAUACUGUUGACGCUGGGUUGUUUGAAAAUGAAAAGAUAACCUUUUAUUUAUUAUUUGUGAGCAAAUUACCUGAAAUAUGUUUGAUAAUAACUGUAUUGUAUCAUUUUAUUAAAAACACAACCUUG